UUUAUGAACCAAAACAGAGGCGGUUACCGUGUCGUCUGCAUACUUGUCUCUCUGCUGUCGUUUCCCGUUUGUAUAGUUAACUCACUUUUAAGUUUGGGUUACCUGAGAUUAUGUUCUACGGUUGCCGUUCUUUAUUCGUCAAUCGAAAGUAAUAGAAAAGUAGUUUUGAAAUGUCUGAAAAAGAUUACGCUCCGUUAAGUGCUGCGUGUGUUAGAGCUCUCAGCGAUAAGCUGUACGAGAAGCGCAAAGCAGCGGCCUUGGAAAUUGAAAAGAUGACGAAGGAGUUUUCAACAGUGAACAAUACAAUACAAAUUAAGAAACUCUUGCGUGUUCUAAGCCAAGAAUUUGCUGUAUCUCAAAAUCCUCAUACCAGAAAAGGUGGUUUGAUAGGGCUUGCUGCAAUGGCAAUUGCUCUUGGCAAGGAUACCAAUCUUUACAUGGAAGAGCUUGUGAGGCCAAUUCUUGCCUGCUUCUUGGACACUGACUCUAGAGUGCGAUAUUAUGCUUGUGAAUCUUUAUACAAUGUUGCCAAAGUUGGAAGAGGUGCAUUGCUUCCACAGUUUAAUGAAGUAUUUGAUGUGUUAGCAAAGCUAGUGGCAGACCCAGAUCAGAAUGUCAAAAGUGGAGCUGAACUUCUGGAUAGACUUUUGAAGGAUAUUGUGACAGAGUCUGCUUGUUUCGAUGUAACUGCAUUCAUGCCUCUACUCCGUGAACGAAUUUACACGAGAAACACAUUCACAAGACAAUUCCUUAUAUCUUGGUUGUCUGUCUUGCACUCUGUGCCUCAUUUAGACCUUCUUACUUUUUUGCCUGAUAUCCUCGAUGGAUUGUUCACCAUCUUGGAAGAUCCAACCAUGGAAAUUAAGAAGAUGUGUGAAAGCCUACUUGGAGAGUUUUUAAGGAGUAUCAUUGAGAACCCUAAGCAUGUAGAUUUCCCUUCGAUGAUCAACAUUCUUAUUCAUCAUAGUCAGUCAUCCGACGAACUUUCAAGAUACACAGCUGUGACGUGGAUUAGCGAAUUCGCCAUUUUGUCUGGUCCGGCCAUUCUUCCGUAUACUUCUGGUAUAUUAACAGCUAUUUUACCUUGCAUGGCUUACGAUGACGACAGCAAAAAAGAUUUACGCGAAACAACUCGAAUUGUGAAUUCAAACUUAAUGCGAUUGGUUGAUAGUGAUAGUGAGAAGAAUAUGGAAUUGGGCUCUGUGGUUCUAGUCUUGGAUCAGCAUCUUACUCAUAAUUCUGUCCACACUAAAGUAGCAGUUCUAAAAUGGAUUGAGCAUUUACUUAGCCAUUUACCUAACUCGAUUCUGCCCCAUACCGAAAAACUAUUUCCAGUUUUGUUGAAUAAUCUGUCAGAUCCUGCUGACCAAGUUGUAAUCUUAACAGUUCAAGCAUUGGCUCAUAUUGCAAAUGCGAAAGCAAACGAUGCCAAGGGUGACUCUUAUUUUCUCAAAUUUAUGAAAAGCUUAUUAGCUUUGUUUAGUAGCGACAAUGGUAUGCAAGAGGAACGUUGGGCUUUUAUUAUCAGGCAAUUGUGUGUCUUGUUGAGCGCUGAAGAUAUUUAUCGCACUUUUGCUGAAAUAUUGAUAGAAGAAAAAAAUUGCCGAUUUGCUUCAGUGAUGGUUGAAACCUUAAGCACGCUACUGCUGACGUCUUCUGAAUUGUUCCCUCUUCGUCGAAAGUUGAAAGAUCUUAGCACAGAAGAAAGCUGUAAUCUGUUUGAAAUGCUCUAUAAGUGCUGGUGCCAUAAUCCAGUUGCUACAGUUGCUUUAUGUCUCUUGACUCAAAAUUAUCUUCAGGCAUCGAAUCUCAUUCGGCAUUUCGGCAAUCUUGAAGUCACCGUUGAUUUUUUGACGGAAAUUGAUCAAUUGGUUCAACUUAUCGAAUCACCGAUCUUUGCAUAUCUUCGCAUUGAACUCUUGGAACCAGAGAAAAACGGCCCUAUAGUUCAUACAUUAUAUGGUUUGUUGAUGCUUCUUCCACAAAGUGAAGCAUUCCAUACACUGAGACGGAGAUUAGAGUGCGUUGCACAUUUACGCCCCUUAGCGGAUGAUAGAAACGUCAGGCAAUCGGAAGACAAGCGGCCUCAUGCCAAGGCUAUCGACUUUCAGAAGUUGACCGAUCAUUUUGUGCGCAUUCAAGAGAAGCACUGCCAGUACGAGCUCGAAACCAGAAUAGCUGGCAUGUCAAAUCAUAAAUGAAUAAUUAAAUAGUCGAUCUUGAAUCUCAGUGGGAUUCUGUUAACUAAUUCAUUCAGUGAAGACGUAACAUGGUCUUCAAUUAGUCAAAAGACGAUAUCAGACUUGACAUAAUUUCAACUGAGAAUAUUAAUUUUCAGUUUGCUUGGCUUCCAAUAAGCAUUCCAUAUUCUAUACCUAAGCUUUUUUUUGCUAUUGUUGAUCACGUUUUAUUUGAUUAUUUCAUCGUAAAAGUUUAUGCUCAAUAAAAAGCAUUUGCAGUGAAA